AUGGCCGCUCUCAACAUCAAAUACAGCCAGUAUGAGCCACCACCCCCAGUCCCUCACCCAACCAGGGCUGGAAUUGCUUUUGCUCACGGCUCACGGCUCACGGCUCACAGCUCACAGCUCACGGCUCACGCUCAAUCACUCGUGCUGGAGUGA